GGAAUGUAGAUUGGUACAGCCAGUAUGGAAGCUCCUCAAAAAAUUUAAAAUAGAAUUAUUAUGUGAUCAGCAAUCAUAUUUGUGGGUGUUCCAAGAAAAUGGGAUCAGGAUCUCGAAGAGAUAUCUGCACUCCCGUCUUCUCUGCAGCAUUAUUCAGUAGCAAAGACAUGGAAACAACCUAAGCAUUCAUUGCGUGAUGAUUGGACAAGCAAAAUGUGGUUUAUAUGCCAUGGAAUAUUAUUCAGCCUUUAAAAGGGAAAGCCCACCAUUUGUGACAUCACGGAUGAAUUUGGAGGACAUUAUGCUAAGUGAAAUAAGCCAGACACAGAAAGAUGAAAAGUGUGUCAUCUUAUUAUAUGUGUAAUCUAAAAGUCAAACAAACUCAUAGAAGCAGAAGAUAGACAGGGGAUUGCCUGGAGUUGAGGGAGGGAAAAAUGGGGACAUGUCAGCCAAAGUAUACAAAGUUUCUCUUUGUGCCAGAUGACUAAGUUCUGGAGAUCUAAUGUGCAGCAUGGUGACCAUAGUUAAGGAGUACUGUGUUGUAUACUUGAAGUGUGUGAAGUGGUUAGAUCUUAGUGUUGUCACCACACACACACACACACACACACACACGAGAGGUGAUAGGGUAAUUAGCCUGAUUGUGGUGAUUAUUUCACAAUGAAUACCUAUUUCAAAACAUCAAAUUAUAUCUCUUAAAUAUAUACAAUUUUUGUCAGUUAUACCUCAAUAAAACGGUGGCGGGGGGGGGGGGGGCGAGAAGGGGAGUAGCCACUGAAGAAGCCAGCUGCUUUCCGAAAGGAACAAAAUGCUGCUGGGAUGGGUCAGUAAGGAGAAGUCCUGAGUCAGGACCUUCCUGGAGCACCUCCAUGUGGGUGAUGCCUCAGUCUGUCCUGACUCCACCAUCCCUGUAUUCCUAGGCGCUUUUAUGAGUGAGCAAAUUACCUGACCUUUGCGAGAUGCAUUGACUCCUGAAGUGGGGGCCACGACAGCUCUUGGUAUUAGGGAUCAGAGCCCCUGGCCUAUCCCCAUGGCCCGGUGCCCCAAUACUGUGAAGCCUUGAGGCACCCCCCACGCACCUCCUCCCACGCCCUGCCCCGAGCGCAGCGUGGCUCUCCGCGCCCGGUCAGUGCGGGGUCCCGGAUCGCCGGGAGCGCGUCUAGGUCCCCCUAGGAACCCCUCCCCCCCUCGUCAGGAGGCGCCCCAGGCAGGCCGCCUCGCACGCCCGAGCCUCCUCACCCCUCCCACCCCAGCUCCCCCGCCCUUGAGGCCGGCUCGGUUGCUAGGGCUGCGGGGCCUGGAGACGCGGCGCGCACGUCGCGAGCUGAGCUGGAGAAGCCCCGGGCCCGGCGACCGCAGCGGCUCCGCCCCCCUCCGGGCGCUCCGGGCCGCCCUGCUCCCGCCCUAUCGCGGCGGGAUCUCCCGGCCGCAAGGGGCUGGCAGGCCGGGGCCAUGGCCAGAGCCCCGCAGUCCCGGCGACGCCCCGCGGCGCCCGGCAGCGCCCUGCGCGCCUUGCUGCGCUGCAACCUUCCCCCCGGCGCCCAGCGCGUGGUGGUCUUCGCCGUGCUGGCGCUCCUGGUCCUCAUCAACGUCGUGCUGAUAUUCCUGCUGGCCUUCCGCUGACCGCCCGGGCAGGGAGCCGCGGGGGAUCGCGCAGGGCUCAUCAGUGAUGGCAGUGUGGUCUGUGCUGAAGCACUCUGGGACCAUGUCACCAUGGAUGACCAGGAACUGGGCUUCAAAGCUGGGGAUGUCAUCGAAGUAAUGGAUGCCACCAACAGAGAGUGGUGGUGGGGUCGUGUUGCUGAUGGCGAGGGGUGGUUUCCAGCCAGCUUCGUACGGCUACGGGUGAACCAGGACGAGCCCGCCGACGAUGACACGUUGCGGGCUGGGGACGGCGGGGCCGAGGAUGGAAGUGCCGAGGCACAAAGCAGCAAGGACCAGAUGCGGACCAACGUCAUCAACGAGAUCCUCAGCACUGAGCGGGACUACAUCAAGCAUCUGCGGGACAUCUGCGAGGGCUACAUCAGGCAGUGUCGCAAGCGUGCUGACAUGUUCAGCGAGGAACAGCUGCGCACCAUCUUUGGGAACAUCGAGGACAUCUACCGGUGCCAGAAGGCGUUCGUGAAGGCGCUAGAGCAGAGGUUCAACAGGGAGCGCCCCCACCUGAGCGAGCUGGGCGCCUGCUUCCUGGAGCACCAAGCAGACUUCCAGAUCUACUCGGAGUACUGCAACAACCACCCCAAUGCCUGUGUGGAGCUCUCCAGGCUUACCAAGCUCAGCAAGUAUGUGUACUUCUUUGAGGCCUGCCGGUUACUGCAGAAGAUGAUAGAUAUCUCCCUGGACGGCUUUCUGCUGACACCGGUACAGAAGAUCUGCAAGUACCCUCUGCAGCUGGCUGAGCUGCUCAAGUACACACCCCCCCAGCACAGGGACUUCAAGGAUGUGGAGGCAGCCUUACAUGCCAUGAAGAAUGUGGCCCAGCUCAUCAACGAACGGAAACGGAGGCUUGAAAACAUUGACAAGAUUGCUCAGUGGCAGAGCUCCAUAGAGGAUUGGGAGGGGGAAGAUCUCCUGGUCAGGAGUUCGGAACUCAUCUACUCGGGGGAGCUGACCCGUGUUACACAACCACAAGCCAAGAGCCAGCAGAGGAUGUUUUUCCUCUUUGACCACCAGCUCAUCUACUGCAAGAAGGACCUUCUCCGCCGGGAUGUGCUGUACUAUAAGGGCCGAGUGGACAUGGAUGGCCUGGAGGUGGUGGACCUGGAGGACGGGAAAGAUCGAGACCUCCACGUGAGUGUCAAGAAUGCUUUCCGUCUGCUCUGCGGCACCACGGGAGAGAGUCACCUGCUGUGUGCCAGGAAGCCUGAGCAAAAACAACGCUGGCUCAAGGCCUUCGCCAGGGAGAGGGAGCAGGUGCGGCUGGACCAGGAGACAGGCUUUUCCAUCACCGAGGUGCAGAGGAAGCAGGCCAUGCUGAAUGCCAGCAAGCAGCAGGCUACCGGGAAGCCCAAAGCCCUCAGCCGGCCCUACUACCUGGCACGCCAGAAGCACCCGGCACUGCCGGCCAGCCUGCCCCAGCAACAGGUCUUGGUACUGGCAGAGCCCAAGCGGAAGCCAUCCACCUUCUGGCACAGCAUUAGCCGGCUGGCACCGUUCCGCAAGUGAGCCAGCCCCCACCUGACAGCACCAUAUGGACCUGUCCCUCCAGUGGGCCUCCAGCUUUUUCUCCCUGAGGCCCACACCAUGUGGCCUCCUCUGCCUGUCAUGUGCACUGGAAGUUACAGGCUGAGGGAGGGAACUGCUCGGUGCCCCAUUCUUCGUUUCUUCCCCACCACUGGUGCACUGAAGACACCAGCUGGAGGGGCAGGGGCCCACAGCGGUGAGCCUUCCGCCAUCCUCUGGACCUCUAUGGGGCCUCCUGGGAGCCACAGCUCAGAGCCACCGGCCAGGCCAACACGUGUGAGAGGACUGGCCAUUCUGGACCCUCUUCUCUGGACAUCUUAUUAUCCCUCCUCCUGCUGUCUCUGGGCAGACUGCCUUCAGCCCCUGCAAAGUUGGGCUGUGUGCCCCUCUGUCCUCCUUCAGGCCCCUGGUCCCCAGCUGGUGGUGCCAGGCAACUUGCAUCCCCGGAGGGUGGGAACCGGAAUUCUGUGCACAAAAAUGUCGGGCCCAGAGCCCACCUCUUUUGCCUCCCAGUCCCUCUCUAGACACUCCUGGCUGCUGGACACCCUCUUCACUUGUGAUGUGUUUAUAGUGGAAAGAAAACAAAACCAUAGUCACUGCAUACUUCUGUCAGGGUUUGUGACCAGUCCACGUGUAGUUGUGGGUUGACUCCAGAACCUGCUCCCAGUUUGUCUGGAUUGUUCUGUUUUUCUAACAUUGGGGAAAAAUAAUUGUUAUUAGUGACACAGAAAGAUUGCCUUACCCUAAGUGAGUGUGAGAAGCCAUAAGGACUGAAUUCUGUAGCCCAGCAUCCAGGACUGACCCACUAACCCAGAGUCCAGUGAGCAUGUGAGUUAAGAGGGAAGCCCAUGUCCUGCCGAGAAGAGUCACAAGUACAGCCAGAACCUGGCUUGUGGGUGCGGGAACACUGAGUUGCCCCUCUGGCCUAAGGGAAUUCAGCAGCAUGUACAGUCAGUCACUCUUGCACUAUACCUUCUCCAAGCCAGAAGCCACAUUUAAUUUCAUAAAGAAACAUGAAAAAUAACCUGUCGGCCCUGGUUUUUCCAUUUGUGUCUAUGCAUUUUCUCCUUUGCAUGCUCCAUCCUUCCUAUGACAGUUACCUUUCUC